AAGGCUGGCCACAGGCGGGAACAUUCUAGAUAUCCAGUCUAGAGACGGCUGUCCCCCCUGUGGCUACAGCAGAGGAGGGGGUGACCAAAGCUGAUAAAAAGAAGCUGGAGACAGAAGUGGGCACUGCCUUCCCGACGACAGAGAAGGUCCCAGGAGACCAGAUGCCUCCCAGACAGAAGAAGAGAGGCCGAGGGUACUGUGGACACCAUGUCCUCGAACAAGCCGAGUCCAAAGGAGAGAGAUCACCGAGCAGAAACUAAAGCCAGAGGCCCCCGCUACUGGACGUCAAGGCGCGACGGCGAGGUGCACCUGCGGCAGGAGGACGCCUUCGCCAGCCAGGCGCCCGUCACCGUGCACGACAUGGUCAUGAACACGGCCAUCAAGGACGCCAACUACAUCGCGCUCGGCUCCAAGCACAGGACCGGCUGGCACCUGCUCACCUACAUGGAGUACUACGCCAAGGCCUUCCUCAAGCUGGGCCUGCAACGCUUCCACAGCGUGGGGAUCAUGGGGUUAAACUCCGAGGAGUGGGUCAUCGCGAGCAUUGGUGCUAUCAUGGCUGGAGGCUUCUCCGUUGGCAUCUUGUCCACCAACUCUCCAAAAACCUGCCAGGUCAUCGCCGACAGCUCGGAGAUGGACAUCUUUGUGGUGGAUAAUGACAGACAGCUGCAGAAAAUCAUCCAGAUCCAGGGCUACUUGAAGCACCUCAAGGCCAUCGUCCAGUACAAGGAGGAGAUCCGGACCCGGCUGCAGAACCUGUAUUCUUGGAGAGGCUUCCUGGACCUGGCAGACGGCGUCUCGGAAGACACGCUAAACCAGGCCAUCGACUCCCAAAAGCCCAGCCAGCGCUGUGCCCUGCUCUACAGCAUGUCGAUCGCCGGCCCCCCAAAGCCCGUGAUGCUCAGCCACGACAACAUCACGUGGACCACGGAGACCGCUGCCCAGACCCUGUCUUAUAAGCGCCCCCCGGAGGAACAGGAGGUCCUGGUGAGCUACCUCCCGCUCAGCUACCUGACGGCCCAGCUCUUCGCCGUGUGGGUCUCCAUCUCUGUCGCCGGAGCCCUCUACUUUGCCCAGCCGGAUGCUCUGAGGGUGAGGCAGACCUCCUGGGUCCCCUGCCGCGGUGGGUGCAGGGGUGGUUGGGGAGGCCGGGCGGGCGGGGGGGUCACCCCGAGAGCAGGGGGGGGGCUCACCCCAGCACUGGCAUCCCCACCCGGUGCCCCGCCGGUGGCUGUGCGACCUUGGUCCUUCUCCCCCCUGCGCCUCAGUUUCCCCAUCUGUAAAGUGAAGGGGGUGAGCGGACAGGAGCUAGUGUCGUGCAGGACGGGGAGCGUGUAUCUGGCUCGUCUCGCAGCGAGAAAAUUCUCGGUGGGUGCCCGCUAUCACCCGGCCCUGUCCCCCCGCAACGCAGACCCAAAGGCCGAUGAGGAGCGUCUGAACGUGAACUCGGAGCUCGCGCUGCCCUGGGGGCUGGGCGUCGGCCCUCCCAGUGGGGAUCUGUACCUGGUGUCUAUAAUCACCCCCUCCCUGCCCACUGUCCCCAGCUGUGGGAAGUCCCUCCCCAGCACCCGCACCAAGACCCAGAAAGAAGAUGGAGAUGGCAUUGGGGACAUCCACAUUUGGGGCCAGAACAUCUUCAUGGGGUACCUCGACGAUGAGGAGAAAACCCAGGAGAAGAUUGAUCUCCAUGGCUGGCUGCGCACGGGGGACCUGGGCUUUUUGGACGAUGACGAAUUCCUCUACGUCACGGGCAACGAAAGGGAUCUCAUCACCCUCAGUUCAGGUGAGAAGAUCAACCCGAACCCCAUCGAGGAGCGGGUGAAGAGGCACAUUCCCGUUGUCCGCUACGUCGUGCUGGUGGGCCAGGACGCCCCAUACCUCUGUGCCCUGCUCACGCUCAAGUGCCAGAUCAACACGGACACGGGGGAGCCUCGGAACGCGCUGAGCAGCGAGGCGGUCGCUUUCUGCCGGCAGCUCAAGAGCCAGUCCACCAGGCUGUCGGACAUCGUCUGUGACAGAGACCCGGUGGUCACAGAGUUCAUCGGUCAGGGGAUCGAUGCUGCCAAUGCAGAGGUCACCUCCAACAGCGCCAAGAUCGUCAAGUGGACCAUCCUUGAGACGGACUUCUCCAUGGCCGGAGGGGAGCUGGGGGCAACCGCCAAACUGAAGAGGGCCAACGUGGGCAAGAUGUACCAGCCUGAGAUUGAAAGCUUUUACUCGGAGAAGGAUGAAUACUAGCAGUGGGGGGGGGGGGGGGGGCCGGGGGGGGCUUCCUGCUGCCUCAGGAGACCGCCUGCCGUGGGCCUCCUCCGUCCCCCAUUGGAUGAUCACAGAGCCACCUUCCAGUGGGAGGGAAGCCCCCAUUUUCGCUAAGCCACCCCUCUGGGGCAGUGUUUCAGAUUCAAAGGUAAAGGGACAAUAAAAAUGGUUUUGCCAAAGCAGUGGUGUUUACCCGGGGUGGUCCUGCACCCCCAGAACAUGUGUGGCGACGUCUAGGGGACAUUUUGGGUUUGUCCCAACUAGGCAGGCAGGUGCUAGGGGCGCUCGGUGGGGGGAGGCCAGUCAGGGCUGUUGCCCCACAACCCAUAGUGCACAGGGGAGCCCCCCACACCAGGAAAAACUGCCUGGCCACAAAAGGUCAGUUGUGCCUAGGUAGGUGAGGGGCUGCGAACGGAAGGCUCUGGAAAAGUAAAAAACAGGGCUGAUGAAGCUCCUAGGUUUCUUUCUCCACUUUGAGAAUCUGCACCGUCUACCUGAGAAGCCGAUCCCGCUGCACCGCCCAGUAAACCUCUGGAGAGCCGGUGCAGGAACAUCCCACCCCCCAGCCCCCCACCGCUGUUUGCAGUCACCUAAGUCACCUGGAGAGAACGGCUGCGGCCUCGCCGGGAACCCACCAAACGCCAGGGCAACACGUGUUCGACAGUUACGGUUGCAGCCAAAAUGCUAACAGGAAACUUCAGAACAGCAAGAUAAAGAAAACGCUCUGAAGCUCAGGCUGCUUAGUUCCGUGAGGAAAGCGAGCAUGCAAGCCUGUGCGGGGAAACUCUGAAAAGGGAAGA